UGGAGCCAGGCAGGGACUUUUGACUAUCGACCACUGCACAUGUCAUAUGCAGUAGGAAGAGAGUUGGUGGUCUGAGCCAGAUCUUUAAGCACAUUAACAGUCGACCCUGGUUUAAAAAUAAAAAAACAUUUUGUUAUGCCUCUCCGGGUGGUCGUGCAGGGCCCUGGACCCUGGGGGUUCAGGCUGGUUGGGGGAAAGGACUUCGAGCAGCCACUGACUAUUUCCCGGGUCACCCCUGGGAGUAAAGCCGCCCAGGCCAACCUAAGUAUCGGAGACAUGAUCUUGGCUAUCGACGGAGAACCGACAGAGAACAUGACUCACUUGGAAGCUCAGAACAAGAUCAAGGGGUGCAUAGAGGAGAUGGUGCUCUCCAUAGACAGGUCAGAAACUAAAUUAUGGUCACCGCUUUCAUCUGAGGAAGGGAGGACACAUCCGUACAAGAUGAAUCUUGCAUCAGAGCCACGGGAGGUGAAACCCAUAGGCUCGACCCACAACAGGAGCGCCCUGCCGUUUUCUGGUUUUGGCCCCAAAGUUGUGACCAACCAGUACAACAACCCCUCUGGUCUCUACUCUUCAGAGAACAUCAAGAGCUUCAACUCCGCUGUGGACGAAGUUCAAACCAUGGCUGCUGUUAAUGAGCCCAACAACAAAGCUCCGUCAGAUCCAUCGCAGACAGGCAAGCGGCCGCCUGUAGUGGCAGAUUCAGAGGUUUACAAGAUGCUACAGGAGAACCAAGAGUCUGAUGAGCCUCCUCGACAAUCUGCUUCAUUCAAAGUGCUUCAGGAGAUUCUUGAGACAGGCGACUCUGAUAAACCGUCAGGAUUCAGGAGUGUGAAAGCACCUUCAACAAAGAUUGGGUCAUCAGUGGGGAACAUAGACAAGUUACCCACCUGUGACAAAUGUGGAUCCGGGAUUGUGGGGAUGGUGGUAAAGCUGAGGGACAAGUUCCGUCACCCCGAGUGCUACACCUGUACAGACUGCGACAUCAACCUAAAACAGAAGGGACAUUUCUUUGUGGAGGACCAGAUUUAUUGUGAGAAGCACGCACGCGAGCGAGUGACUCCGCCUGAGGGCUACGACGUGGUCACUGUCUUCCCUAAGUAGAGCGCUCACUGAGCUCCGCCUCGGACUGCACGCCACAAUGGGACACCACGACAUAAUCCAAGACAUCGCAACAUUUAGCUCGCUACUCCUAAGACUUUAAAAUGGUCUUCUCUUGCAUUAUGCUUCAGGACAGUAAAGAACCACAUCUUUGAAAGUGUUUAUUUGCACAUUAACUUUGGCUUCUACGAAAGGAAAAGUGAUGAAUACUCUUAAAAUGACGGCAUUCAUUUUUUUCCCUCCAUAAAAUUCUGUUUCCAUUGCAUUGAAUGAUGGUCAGUUAGUUUAAGUAGUAUUUGUCUUUGUAUGUUGAUUACGUUCUUUUGAAUUAUGGAAACAAUGGUAAGCCGGACAACUUUUCCCUCCAAGGGACACGUUUUCUACAGUUUUAUUAAAUAAAUAGACUUGCUUUUAUGCAGCAAAACCACAUUUGAAUAUCUCUACCAAAUAAAUGUUAUCUUUGAACCA